CUGGGUAAUGCACGUUAGAUCGUAGCUGGAUAAAUGCAUACAAAUAUAAUACUUUCUACUUUAAUUUCCAUGGUUAUCGACGUUUAAUAUCUUCACGAUGUAAUAUUUCCAUUUUUUUAUACCAGAAAGCGACAGGAGCUCUUUUAGACUUUAAUAAGUCGUGUAAGUCAGCUAAAAUCCUAACUUGCUAACCAAGUUACUAAUCACAUUGUAAAAAAUUGUGAUAAAAAAUGGAACCAGAUAAUACUCCGUGCUCCGACUUCAUGGACCGGGUCCAUGAUUCUUCAGGACCUAAUGGACUAAAGCAAGAAAAACAGCUCUCUGCAUCAGAGAGGAGAUACUUCAGCUUCUGUAGGAGGAAGUCGUUUGCUACCUUUGUGAAGUCAAAGAAAGAUGAGGAGGAAGGAAGCACAUCUUGGUGCUGCUGUGGUGAGACCUUCAGGGAACACUCUGCCAUUCACAAACAUGUGGCCAGGACCCAUGACGCUGAAAUUCAGCAGCUCACACAGGCCACUUAUGAGCAUUUAAUGAGCCAACUGGAAGAAGAACCUGAAUCACAACAGCAGCCGAACAUGUGUGCGGCCGAGCCGGUGGACAUCACAGCAUGGAUCCCUGAAACUGGACACAUCCCUGAGGAGCAACUUCAGAAGGGUCCAGGAAAGGUUCUCCUCUAUUAUCACUAUUGUCAAAUAGACAAUCCACAUGCCAUCUGUGCUUGGCAGAAAGCUUUGUGUGAAAAGCUUCGCUUAACUGGCAAGGUGAGAGUGGCAACUGAAGGCAUCAAUGGCACAGUUGGAGGUACCAACAUAGCCACAGACAUCUACACUGAUGCUAUGCGUUCACAUCCACUCUUCAAGAUGGAUAAAGAGGAUUUUAAGAAAAGUGAUGGUGGUGCUGAGUGUUUCUCAGACCUUAGGGUGGGAGUCUAUAAGGAAAUUGUCCCAAUGGGAGUGGAUCCUGAUGUCAUCUCUUACAAACUGGCAGGAGUUCAUUUGGAGCCAGAGGAGUUUCAUAAAGAAGUGGAGGCUCUUUUGGCGAAAGAGGAUUCCUGCAACGACACCAUCUUAUUGGACUGCCGCAACUUUUAUGAGAGCAAAAUUGGGCAGUUUACACAAUGUCUGGCUCCAGACAUUCGUAAGUUCAGCUACUUCCCAGACUAUGUUGACCAGAACCUUGAACUGUUCAGAGACAAGAAAGUGUUGAUGUACUGCACAGGAGGGAUCCGCUGUGAGCGUGGCUCUGCAUAUCUCCGCUCUAAAGAUGUGUGUAAAGAGGUCUACCAGCUAAAAGGUGGAAUUCACAAGUAUCUGGAGCAAUUCCCUGAAGGUUUCUACAGAGGGAAACUUUUUGUGUUUGACGAACGAUACGCCAUAUCCUCCAACGAUGACAUCAUCUCAGACUGCAGGUAUUGUGGCUCCCCAUGGGACCAGUACAAGCUCUGCUCCACCCAGUUCUGCUGUCAGCUGGUUCUGUCCUGCCCUGGCUGCAGAGAGACUGGGCACACCGCCUGCUGUCCGACCUGCCAGACCAAAGGACAAGCUCAAAGUGAGGACUCUUCUGCUCCUCAGCAUCACAAAGAGGAGUGUGAGUGCACAGGUGGACGUCCAAGAAUCCCUCAGGAUGUGUAGCAACAACAGAGUUAUGACUGGACAUCAAUAAUAAUGCUACUGGUCCUGUGACCUGAAUGGAGCUUUGCCAGUGUGUUUAAAGUCAUGAUUUUGUUAUCUAAACAAUUUAAAUGGAAUCAGAUUUGCUGUUUCUGAAUGGAGUAAUUCUGAAUACAGCAGAAUAUGCAAAUGUAAUUUUAAGGGAUGAAACUGAUCUGUUUAUCUUUUAUCCAGAAUACUUUAAUUCACAUCUGCAGACUUUGUAAUUUUUUUUAAAUAUAUGAAUUUUUGUGAAACUCCAAUGCGUCAUAAGUAAAGAAAGCCAUGUUUGAAGAAACAUUACUAUAUUUUUUGUGGGUUUUUUGGGGGGAAAUAAGGAUUUUUAAAUGUCUUUGUUUCCUCUCGAAAAAUAAAGAUUCAGGCAUUAUGAAGAUACGCUGGAUGAAAUGUGAACAGAGAUUCAGAUAUAACUUAAGUAUUCAGCAUCGACUUCAGCAUACUCGUGGUCCAUCUGGCUUUGAAAAACAGUUACUGAAGCUAUAAGUGUUGCCAAACUCUUACACCACAAACAGAAGACAAAGAAGCCAUGUCAAAGUGAGCAGUUUAAGGGGACUUAUUAUGCAAAACUCACUUUUUCAGGCUUUUCUAACAAAAAUAUGUGCCCCUGGCAUUCCCUUCCACCCUCUCUGUAUCCAGCUCUCAGAAAAUGUGUGCUGAAACAAGCCAUUCUCAGAUUUUACCCCCAUGAUGUCAUGUGGGGUGUUAGCACCUGCCCCCAGGUUUGGAUGGCCCUCCCCUCCCCAUUCCUCUUCUGAUUGUUCUCUCAGCUGCCAGCUGAAAUGCUGGAUAGCUCAGUAGGUUACCCUGGUGACUUUGAUCUGGGAGAUCGAUGGUUCAAAUCUUAGUCAGGUCCUUAACUUUGGAUAAAAGUGUCUAACAUUGUAGUAUCAUUAGUGCCACAACCAUUUCCUGAGAGGGGUGAGGUCAGGGGCGGAGUCAGAUAAUUACCAUUUAAAGCCACAGAUGGAGACAGCUCGUUCUAAGAAGGCUUUAUGGACAUGCAAAAAUCCAAUACUGGAGUGUUUUUUCAGCAACAAACUUCACAGGCAUGUUUUGGGGACCUCUGAGAACAAUAUAAACUUAUAAAUAUAAAGGGUAAAAUAUGUCCCCUUUAAGGCCUGCAACAAAUAUUUGUUUGUAUAGGUGUAUUUGAGCUUUAAAUAAAACCCAUUAUUCUCAACGAUGAUAAUGGUUUAUCAUAUUUCAUAUGUUAUUUGAAAUAAAAUCAUCUAAAUGUGUAACUGGAGGGUAAAUUCAUUUCAUACCAAAUUACUGUCAUAUGCAAAUAAACAAAACAGUUAAAUUACACUUAACAGACACUCAUGAAACAGAAAAAGAAGGCAGGAAUGAUAAAAAGAUCAAUGUAUGUUUUAUCUGUCUGAUUUGUUGGU